AUGUCCAACGAAAGGUACACUAGUGAAGAGGUCAACAGGAUUCUGAGCAUGUCAGGUGAGAGCAAAGGGGAAGACUCCCUGACACAAUCAGCCUCAGAAUAUGAACCCGUAGACAGCAGUAAUACCGAGAGAUAACUCAGACGAUGGAGAAGAGGUCCCUGCUAAGGUCAGGUGUACCCGACCCCAUUCCCAGGUUGCUGAGAUGUUCCAAACGAAUGAUGACUCUCAUAUGCAGCAGAGUGCCAGAACUAGUGCCACUCUACCUUUUGGUGAACUGGCGAGCACCAGCGCCUAGUACAUUCUGGUCUUUCAUAUGCCAGCACUGCAGUAUCACUUGGUGAAGUGGGGUGACAUAAGUGCAGUACAAGCUGGUGCUGUGGUGGGCACAAGUAGUGUCCCACAGCCACCAAGAAUUUGCACACAGGCCCGUAGAGCCCCUAGUAUCCUUCCGGAUGUGCUUGCAAAUCCCGAUUGGCAGCCCACAAAUUCUGCAGCACCCGUACUUUCCCCAUUCACUGUUAAACCCGGAAUUCAGGUGGAAACAGCAAAUUUAAAUACUCCCCUUGAUUUUUUGGAGCGGUUUGUCAAAGAAGAUCUGUAUGCAUUGAUUGUGGAUCAAAACAAUUUAUAUGCACAACAGUUUAUCGCUGCCAACUCACAUUCAAACCUUACCAGACCAUUCGCAUGGAAACCCAUUACGGUUUCCGAAUGUAAAGUUUUUUUGUGCCUAACCCUCAACAUGGGCAUUACUAAAAAAAAAAAAAAAGAAUUGGUCCACAGACCUGAUUCAUCAUAUGCCAGUGUUCUCUGCUGCCAUGGCCAGGCAUAGAUAUGAGAAGUAUAAUGCGUUUUAUGCAUUUCAACGACAACACACACUUUUGUCCUCGGGUGAUCCUGAAUUUGACCAGCUCUACAAAAUUAGGCCCCUUUUAAAUCACCUUAACCAAAAAUUUGCAGAUAUCUAUACUCCCCAGCAAAACAUCUGCGUUGAUGAGUCCCUCAUUAAUUUUUCUGGCCGCCUUGCAUUCAAACAAUUUCUCCCCAGCAAGCGUGCCAGAUAUGGGGUCAAGAUGUACA